CAUUCUGCAUUCUAUCCUUAAAAGGCUCGUUCCAUACGACCUAUGUUGUUGCAUGACCACGGCUCGAUAAUCUGGUGUCCUGGGGCCAAUCACUUGACACGCCGAGCCUUUUAGGAUCGGCGAUUCCUCUGAACUCCCCCUGAGUUAUUCUGGCUACCCACGUCAUUACCAUUGCAUAUGUUGUUUUAAAUAAAUGGAAAUGUACGCCCUCAGUCCCUCUGGGUUUCCGUGCUAGGGGAAACCAUUACUAUGUUGUACCAAUAUUGCCUUUUAUGUCCAUGUACGUCUGCGUCAUACACACCUAUGUUAGCGAAAACGCAAGCCGGCGUCGGGGGACGGAAGCUCAGAUAGCUGCUCUUUUGACGGGAAAUCUUCCUUGGCAAAGGCAGAGGAGGAGAAAGGAGACGUCUUCUUACAGGGGAUCUCAGCAGGAGCGGAACUACUACAGGAAUAUCUUCAUCAACGGGCUUUUGUUACAGGAAAGGCGGGCGAACCUCGGUGGUUCUGCCUGGGCGCCAUCUUGCUGCCCAUGGUAGUGUCGUCCACCAUACAGCUUCAUCACACCGUGGAACUCGGAAAUAUUUGAGCGGUUAAACACUGUUGUCUCACCGACUGUAACCGGAGCUUCACAUGGUCAUGGCGGACGGCACCAGCCUCUCCAUGGUAAAAACGGAGGGAAACGCCCUACUGAAGGCCGCAUGGCUCCGGCGGCUGCGCUUAGCACGCCUUCUGAUAGAGGGCGGUGCUGACGUGAACACAGCCAACGAGGACGGCCAGAAUGCCCUGAUGAUCGCGUGCAUGAGUACUUACAAGGACGACCAGAGUGUUGACAAGGCAAAAAUCGUCCGCUAUCUUCUUGACAACAAAGCGGAUGUCAACUGCAGGGACAAAGCCGGGAGAACAGCCUUGAUAUACGCCUGUAAAGAGAAAGCAGGCGCGGAUGUCGUUCAACUGCUUCUUCGAAAGGAAGCGGAUCCGAGAAUAGAGGACUCGCCCGGGUCGUCUGCACUGGUGUACGCUGUGAACUCUGGAGACGUGCGCGUACUAAAGCUACUCAUCAACGCCUGCAAAGAGAAGGGAAAAGAGGUUAUCUUGAUCACUACCACAAAAAGUAGCGACACACCUCAGUGUGAGGAUACAAAGCAAUACUUGUAUGUACCGAAGUCACUCAUGCUCAGUCCGCCUUCUCGAAUCAGACGACUCUCUCCCUCCGACAUCAACUGUGAUCUCAACAGGCUGCAGCAGAAACUCAGCCUUGGAUCAGCACUGGAAAAUACCACCCAGCGGGAAGAAGAGGCAAAACACCUCGGCCCUAUUUUGGACCCUGGCGUUGAAGACGUUAUUAUAGGAGAGCUGCCCAAGAGAUUUUCCAAACUAGACCCUUGCUCAGAAGACACGGAUGACAUCAGCGAUCAAGAGGAUGACACGGUGUCUUCUCACAUAAGACAGAUCGAGAGUAAAAACGGGAGACGUUCGCCGAAAAUCCCUCUACUCCGACGCCAUAGCUUUGACCCGACUGUGGUAACCUCCAGUGCCAAACUAAGUCUUUUGAACAAGGAGAAGAGUAGUUCCGCUGAAAAGCUUCGGCAGCUGACAGAGGGUUCGCGUUGUGGCUCCCUCAGCAAGCUCAGUAACGUGGUAAAAGAUGGACCAGUGAUGUCAGUAAAAGAGGGCCGAUUACCCAGAGAUAGACGCAAAGAGAAAAGGCGACUAGUGAAGCAACAGAGUUGCGAAGCAAUACGUUUCGAUUCGGGAACAAAGUUCGAAUCCACCCUUCCUGUUAUGAGCAGCACGGGGCAUUCAUCGUCAGCGCCGAGUUCUCGCCCGCUCUCGCGAGAAGGGAAUCACGAGGUUGAACCUCCACAGUUGCCAUGUUAUGCCCGUCGCGGUUCUCUACCCCUGCCGCCGCUCUUACCCACCAGACUUAACCCUUACGAGUCCUCUUCUGACCGCGAAUCUUCGUGCGAGCCUUCCCCGGACUACGCCGGCGGCACUCCCCCGUCACAUCUGACUCGGCUCCGGCAGUUGCACGACAAAGCCACCGCCUCUGCCAUCGACAUUCUUCGCUACCAAAACAGAAACAAGAGGCGGGGAUCUGGAACGAUUCUCAUGGACGAAAUAUCUCAGACUCGUCCGGGAAUUUUGCCGCCGCUAAACUUCAACCCCAAACCGCCCAUACCCGAUAUCGGGAGCAUUCCCAACUCUCCUGUUGUAUCAGAACAUGUCGAGUCGCCGGUAGACAGUCCGUGUCGAUCCAAAAACUCCAGCGCUAAAUCUACUAGCAGGAGAUUUUCAUUUCAAUUGGAGGAGAUCAGACGGUUGAGUGCUCAGAUGGAGCAAACUCCAACUUUCUCAGCCGACUCGUCUUCUGUUGAAUCCAGCCCAACCAAAUCUGACGAGAGCCGCCAGUAGGAUAAAACGUGUGUGAGUCACUUCAGAAGACAACGAGCCAAAAGACUCCGAGGAAAUUCAAGCUUAUACAGGAUAUGCUACGAAUGAAGGUUUUCAUUUAAUAAUGUUUUCACUCCAGCGUCAUAGACUUGAAGUUUUCCAUUCAAGAACUGUCAAGUACACACUGUGAAUGCAUGACGUCUUGUCCCACAUUGUUACAAUCCUGUACAGUGCAAUAUUAGGAGGGCGACACGUUAAAGGUACGUGUGGCUAUCUAGGGAAAAGGUACCCAUAUGCUGCAGAAAAACUGGCAUCCCAUUGGUCAACGUACGUCUGUUGGCGACAAAUCAUUGCGGCUACUUUGCGAAUUUUUCGUCAAUUUUCCCUUGCGGUGCGACACACGUGUAAGAUACGUGACCUCUACAAACAAAAUGGCCGCGCUUGGAAUGUUCCAUUCUCUGAGUUUAACUUUUUUUUCCAAAUCACACUGUCGCCAUUAAAUUUGAAACCAAUAUACAAUUAAUAAGAUUUAAAAAACGGUUUUGCAUUUAUUGCACCUAUUGGCGACUAGUUUGCUAUCAUUUGCGACAUUUUACAAAUUGUGAUUUCUUUGAAUUGAAAAAAAAAAUGACAUUCCAUGCGACCAAUUCCAAGCCCCCCGUUAGUGCAUGUAUUUCGCAAAGAGCAUGCAAUCGCCAACAUUCGUGACCCAGUGAGAUACCGGCUUAAAUAAUAUAUGCUGCAGGUGUUAAUGUCGAUGAAUUAACACGUUACAACUGUAACGUUAUCUAAAGAUACAGUCAAACCUUUUC